AUGAGUACUGGUAGGUGCGUGUGUAAAUUUGCCUUGUUGCUCCUCUUCCUCACCGCCCUUGCGUCUUUGCUCUUCUGGCUCAUCUUCCUUCCGAGGGAGGUGAAGUUCCACGUGACCGAGGCCUCACUCACACAGUUCGAUUUCACCACCGCCAACAACACUCUUAACUUCAACCUCACACUCAAAAUCAAUCUCAGGAACUCCAACCAAAGGGUCGGUGUCUUCUACGAGCGGAUCGAUGCCAUUGCUUAUUACAACAAAAAGAAAUGGUUCUGUACGGUGGGUUUGACGCCCUUUUACCAAGGACACAAGAAUUCGAGUAUUUUGAGACCGGUUUUUCAAGGGCACCAAUUCUUAUUACUUGGGGCUCGCGACCUUUCAAAGCUAGAUUCUGAAAAGAGUUCUGGUAUAUACAGUAUUACCAUAAAUCUCUCUGUUCAGAUAAGGGUUAGAUACGGUAAAAUCAAGACGAUUUCGUACGAGCCUCGUAAGAUCAAAUGUUCCUUGAAGGUGCCUCUGAUCACUAAUGGAACAACUGCUCAAGAAUUUAUGUUAACUGAGUGCAACCAAGUGAAUUUCUUCUAA